AUGAACCAAUCUACCGUUCAAUUUCUUUUAUUUUUGGUUAUUGGAUUAUUUUGUCAACUGACACAUGCAUUGAAUCCAAUACUUCCUACAGUGACCACUCUCACUAAUAGUACCAAUACAAAUAAUGAUUUUACCUCUGUUUUGGGUAAUUAUAUUGGAAGUGUUUCAUGUGUUGCCUCAUCAAGGGAUGGUUCUGAAUUUUACUUUUGUACCAAUGAAGUUAUUCGAAAGGUUAGAAAAGAUGGAACUCUUCAGACUAUAGCAGGUAUUUAUGGUAAUACAGGUUAUAACACUGAUCAUAAUGGAGAUGCUUUGAAAGCAAAGAUUGACUCUCCUUUUUCUCUCUUUCUUGAUGAUAGUAAUGGUGAUUUAUAUUUCACAGAUUCGAAUAAUUAUUUGGUUAGAAAAAUUGAUGUGAAUGGAAAGAUUUUUGAUAUUGCUGGUAUUCCCCGAACUAGUGGAUAUGAUGAUCGUAGUUUGAAUAGUUCAACUUUCGUUGGGCCAAGACAAUUAUUUGUCCACGGUCCCAACAAGGACAUUUAUCUUGCUGAUGGAGAAAAAGUGAGAUUAAUUUCACAAGUCAACUCGACUGUUUCAACCAUUGCUUACUAUCAAAAUAUGAAUGGAUUGGUUAUUAAUCCAUCAAAUGGUGAUAUUUACUUGUCAGCCUAUAAUAAUAUUGUUAAAUUGUUGAGUAAUGGAGUGAUGAGUGUAAUUGCAGGAGAUGGCAAUAAUUAUAAUAAUGGAUAUAGAGAUGGAAAUGCAACUCAAGCUCUGUUUUACUAUAUUCCCUCUCUUUCAUUCAAAGACUCGACACAAGAGUUGUUCAUUUCAGAUCUGAAUAAUCAACGUGUCAGAGUGUUGAAUAUGAAUUCUAAUCAGGUUUCAACACUUUUGGGAAACGAUAUCAAUUCAUAUGAAAGAACAUAUCUUCCACAAAAUGGAAAGGAUGUGUAUGUAAGACCCUACCAAAUUCAAUAUCUACCACAAUUGGAUCAAUUAUUGAUUGCCGAUCUUGAUAAUCGAGUUAUUAGAAAGGUAGAUCUACAAAAUCAACAAGCAUGGACAACAAUUAUAGCAGGUUCACCAGAUCCAUACACUAUUUCAGGAACAACCUAUGGACAAUCAUUUGUCAAAGGAAACAGCCUGGCUUAUUCAUUGAAUGAGGAUUCAUUUGUGGUUUCAAGUUACCAACAAGUUGUCAAAUUUAAAGAUGGAUUGACAACUUUCCUGUUUAACACAGGUCUUUCUGGAAGUAACAAGUAUCAAAUAGAAUAUGCUGAUAAUCAGAACAAUAUCUAUAUCAUUGGUGAUAGAGUAAUGUACAAGUAUUUAACCAAUGGAACAAGACUUUUAUUUGCUCCAGAUUACUUUGGAGUUGAUAAUGUCCCGUUUGAGCAAGCAAUUACCUCAUCAAACUAUAUUGACAUCAAAUUUGAUAAGAAAACAAGUGAAAUUUACUUGUUAAGUUUGGACAGAAUUAGAAAGAUUUCACAAAAUGGAAUAAUUUCAACUAUUCACAUAACAGCUGACAGUUCAGGUAAUAGUCUAUACAAUGGAAAUCCACAGUCAAUUGAAAUAGAUUCAAAUUCUAAUGUUUACUUCUCAGAUAGAACCUCUAUCUAUAGAGUUGAUUCUUUAGAAAAAUCAACCAGAAUUAUUGGAACAGGUUCUUCAACUUCCAAUAACUAUGAAAGUGGUAUUGGCACGGAUGUUCAAUUAAAUUACCCUCUAGGUUUGACAUUUAAUGCACUUGAUGGUCAACUAUAUUUUGUUGAUGCUUAUAAUCAUAGAAUCAGAGUUUACAAUUUCACAUCUCAAAUAGUUUCAACCUUUUCUGGAGGAACGAUAAGUGGAUAUCAAGAUGGUCCAAUUCAGACUGCACGUUUUUACUUUCCCAAUGGUCUUGAUAUAGAUACUACCAAUGGAGAUCUAUAUGUUUCAGAUACUUUCAAUUGUGUUAUUCGAAAGAUUUCUAAUGGAGUCGUUUCUACUGUGGCUGGUCAAUACCAAAACACCAAUUACCAAAAUGGUAAUCUCUCAACUGCCUCAAUAGGCUAUCCAUACUAUUUGAGUUACUACAAUGGCAUGAUUUUCACAGUUUACGAUAAUGAAUUAAUAGAGAUAUCAUUAACAGGUAAUUCAGUUGAAAGAAAGACAACCAGAAGUUCUGUUGUAAGUGGGGAUAACAAAGAACUUUCUGAAGAAAACACCCUUGCUACAGUUGCAGCAGCAAGAAUUUCAUCCAUUGAUGGAAAUUUAUACUUCCUCGAUGGUAAAAGAGUGAGAAUUGUGGAUAUGGAUGUAAGAACUGUUUCCACUAUUAUUGGUCAACUGGUGGAAAAUGUUCACUAUACUAAAACUCAAUUUACUCCAUAUGGUGUUAAUGUGAAUUAUAAUAGCGGAGAAAUGAUGAUUUAUGAUUAUGAAUAUAGCAGAGUGAGAAAGAUUGAUGCUAAUGGAAUAGUUUCAACAAUAGUUGGCAAUGGCUUGUACAAUCCUUAUUAUGUUUAUCCAAAUAUUACCAAAGCAACUGACUUUCCACUUAUGGAAUUUAAUGAUUUCACCACAUGUCCAAAUGAUGAUAAUGUUUACUUGCUUAUUAAUUCAUACUUUUUCAAGUUAACACCAGAUGGAAUGUUGAGAAAACAAUUGGAUGGUUUAUCCAUUGAAAGUUAUACUAUACAAUGUACCAAGUUUGGAACCAUUAUUUUGGUGAGAGACAAUGAAAUUUAUAGAUUUGAUGAGAAGGAAAAUGUGUUAAAGUUAGUGACUGGAAAAUCUGGAUCGACCUCAAUGGAAGAUGGAUUAUUGAGUAAUGCAACAUUUGGUGAUAUUGUUGGAAUUUCAGUUUCACCUUUGACAAAUGCCAUUGGUGUAAUUCAUAUGAGUAAUGGAAAUGGAAGAGUUGUAAGAAAGAUUGGAUGUCCAGAUGGUUAUGAAAUGCAAGAUGAUUUCCAAACUUGUCUUCCAUUUUGUUUCAACAAAACCUCAACUGCUGCCUGUUCUGGAAAUGGAUUAUGUAGUGAUGUAAAUACCUGUUCAUGCACAAGUGGAUGGUUUGGAAUUGAAUGUGAGAAGCCUAUUUGCUUUGGAUUGAAUGGAAGUGAUGCCUGUAAUGGUCCAUUCAAAGGCAAUUGUUCCUCUUUCAACAAUUGCACCUGCUCAAAUGAAUACACGGGUAAAGAAUGUGGAACACCAAUUUGUUUUGGAUUGAUUGACAAUAAUGCAUGUGGUGGAAGUUUGAAUGGUAGCUGUCUCUCACCAAAUAAUUGUUCAUGUGUAAAUAAUCACUACGGAAAUGACUGUAGCCAAUUUGAUUGUUAUGGAACAAUCUCCACAAACACAUCAGUUUGUUCUGGACACGGCAGUUGUUUAUCACCAAAUAAUUGUUUAUGUGCAAAUAACUACUAUGGAAAAGAGUGUAACCAAUUUGAUUGUUAUGGAACUAUCUCCACAAGUGUAUCUGUUUGUUCUGGACACGGCAGUUGUUUCUCACCAAAUAACUGUGCUUGUGUGGGUGGAUGGUCAGGAAGUGAAUGUUCAACUUCACCAAAAGUUCUCGAGAGUCAAAGAUUGGGUGAUUCAUCAAUCAUCACAUCAUUCAACGUGGUUGAUGGUCAUUGUUUUUUCUCUAUUGUAUGUAAAUGGAUUUGGGUUGUAAAACCAAUAAAUAAGAUUAGUCAUUAA